ACGGUGUGUUUUGUUGUUCAGGUUCAGUUAGGGAGUGUGUGCGGUGGCAGCUGCUGAUCUUCACCAAGUACAAACCAAAAACUGUGAUACUGGGUUUUUGGCUUGAGUCAUAACCAUGUCUAGGGGAUCCAUAGAAAUCCCUCUUCGGGACACAGACGAGGUCAUUGAGCUUGACUUCGACCAGCUUCCAGAAGGAGAUGAAGUCAUCAGCAUCCUCAAACAGGAGCACACACAGCUGCACAUAUGGAUCGCACUCGCCCUGGAGUAUUACAAGCAAGGCAAGACGGAGGAUUUCGUCAAGUUGCUGGAGGCGGCGCGCAUCGAUGGAAACCUGGAUUACAGAGACCACGAGAAGGACCAGAUGACGUGUCUGGACACAUUGGCGGCUUAUUAUGUCCAGCAGGCUCGGAAAGAGAAGAACAAGGAUGCAAAGAAGGACCUCAUCAACCAGUCCACUCUCCUGUACACAAUGGCAGACAAGAUCAUCAUGUACGAUCAGAGCCAUCUGCUGGGAAGAGCUUGCUUUUGUCUCCUGGAAGGAGAUAAGAUGGAUCAGGCAGACGCUCAGUUUCAGUUUGUGCUCAACCAGUCGACAAACAACAUCCCUGCACUCCUGGGAAAGGCGUGUAUCUCCUUCAACAAAAAGGAUUACAGAGGAGCUCUAGCUUACUACAAAAAAGCACUUCGCACUAACCCUGGCUGUCCGGCCGAGGUAAGACUAGGCAUGGGCCAUUGCUUUGUCAAGCUCAACAAACUAGAUAAAGCUCGACUGGCGUUUGGCAGAGCCCUGGAGCUCAACUCCAAAUGUGUGGGAGCUUUGGUGGGGUUGGCUGUGCUGGAGCUCAACAACAAAGAGGCCGACUCCAUCAAGAACGGGGUGCAGCUGCUUUCCAGAGCCUACACCAUUGACCCCAGUAACCCCAUGGUGCUCAAUCAUCUCGCCAAUCAUUUCUUCUUCAAGAAGGACUACAGCAAAGUGCAGCAUCUGGCUCUUCAUGCUUUUCACAACACAGAGGUGGAGGCUAUGCAAGCGGAGAGCUGCUAUCAGUUAGCUCGAUCCUUCCACGUCCAGGAGGACUACGACCAGGCCUUCCAGUACUACUAUCAGGCCACUCAGUUUGCGUCGUCUACUUUCGUGCUACCCUUCUUCGGCCUGGGCCAGAUGUAUGUGUAUCGUAGAGACAAGGAGAAUGCUGCACAGUGCUUUGAAAAGGUCCUGAAGGCUUAUCCCAACAAUUACGAAACCAUGAAAAUCCUUGGGUCUCUUUACGCCACCUCAGAUGACCAGGAGAAGAGAGACAUUGCUAAGGAACAUCUGAAAAAAAUCACAGUGCAGCAUUCGGAUGAUGUGGAAGCCUGGAUUGAGCUCGCCCAGAUUUUGGAACAAACAGAUAUUCAGGGUGCUCUUUCUGCAUAUGGCACGGCCACUCGUAUCCUCCAGGAGAAGGUCCAAGCUGAUGUUCCUCCUGAGAUCCUCAAUAAUUUGGGGGCUUUGCACUUCAGAUUGGGAAACCUUGGUGAGGCAAAGAAAUACUUCCUGGCUUCUUUGGAGAGGGCAAAAGCUGAGGGCGAGCAUGAUGAGCACUACUACAACGCCAUCUCCGUCACAACCUCCUAUAACCUGGCCAGACUCUACGAAGCCAUGUGCGAGUUCCACGAGGCUGAGAAGCUCUACAAGAACAUCUUGAGAGAGCAUCCCAACUAUGUGGACUGUUACUUGCGACUUGGAGCGAUGGCACGUGACAAGGGAAAUUUCUAUGAAGCUUCCGACUGGUUUAAAGAAGCCCUUCAGAUCAAUCAGGACCACCCCGAUGCCUGGUCUCUGAUUGGUAACCUUCACUUGGCGAAGCAAGAGUGGGGUCCUGGGCAGAAGAAGUUUGAACGCAUCCUUAAGCAGCCCUCCACUCAGAACGACACUUACUCGAUGCUGGCGCUGGGAAACGUGUGGCUCCAGACGCUGCAUCAGCCCUCUAGAGACCGAGAAAAGGAAAAGCGGCACCAGGAUCGAGCUUUGGCGAUCUACAAACAAGUUCUGAGGAAUGAUGCCAAAAAUCUGUAUGCUGCCAACGGCAUAGGUGCUGUGUUGGCACACAAGGGUUAUUUCCGAGAGGCACGGGAUGUUUUUGCCCAGGUCCGGGAGGCCACGGCAGAGAUCAGUGAUGUCUGGUUGAACCUCGCACACAUCUAUGUGGAGCAGAAGCAGUACAUCAGUGCAGUGCAGAUGUAUGAAAACUGUUUGAAGAAAUUCUACAAGCAUCAGAACACCGAGGUGCUGCUGUAUCUGGCCCGAGCGCUCUUCAAGUGUGGCAAGCUGCAGGAGUGCAAACAGACUCUUCUGAGGGCCCGGCACGUGGCUCCCAGUGACACGGUGCUGAUGUUUAAUGUGGCGCUGGUGCUGCAGCGGUUGGCCACGCUGGUGCUGAAGGACGAGAAAAGUAAUCUGAAAGCUGUGUUGAGUGCGGUGAAAGAGCUGGAGUUAGCUCACAGGUACUUCAGCUACCUCAGUAAGGCUGGAGACAAAAUGAGAUUCGACCUAGCGCUGGCCGCAAGCGAAGCAAGGCAGUGCUCUGAUUUGCUAAGCCAGGCUCAAUACCACGUGGCCCGAGCUCGGAAACAAGAUGAGGAGGAGAAGGAGCACCGCGCCAAACAGGAGCAGGAGAGAGACCUGCUGCGGCAGCAGAUGCUGAAGGAACAGCAGGAGAGGAAGAGCAAAGAGGCCGAGGAGCAGAAGAAGCUGCUGGAGCAGAGAGCCCAGUAUGUGGAGAAGACCAAGGGCCUGCUCAACUUCUCCGAGUCCAUGAAAGCAGCAGCAAAGGAGAAGAAGAAAGGAGGCAGUGGACGGCGCAAGAAAGGAGGCGACUUUGAUGACUUUGUCAACGAUGACUCUGAUGAGGAUCUGCCGAUCAAGAAAAAGAAGAAGAGGAAAACUGAGAGUGGCAGUGAAGUGGAGGACGCCGGGGAGGAUGGAGAGAAGAAACCCCGUAAAAAGAGGAGGAGACCAGCUAGAAGAGAAGAUGAAGGCUCAGAUGAUGAGGAAGGAGGCUCAAGGCCUAAAAAGCAGCGCAAGCCGAGAGAGCGCAAGAAGAUCGAGAAGCCGGAGCGCAUGCCGCCGUCUCUUAAAGGGAAGAUCAAGUCCAAGGCAAUCAUUUCAUCCUCUGAUUCCUCCUCCGAUGAGGAUGGCCUGAAAAUAGCAGAAGACAGAAACCAAAGGGACAGCGGCUCUGGUUCAGAUGACGACGUAGGCCACAGGAAACGCAUCGCUUCUGACAGCGAUUCCAACGAGGAGCGUAACCGGUCGGGCAGUGAGGCGGGCAGCCCCCAGCGCUCUGGACGCUCAGACGAGGACGAGUCUGGCAGCGAUCGCCCGGUGAAGAGGAGGAGACCACAGCAGCAGUCCGACUCGGAGCAGUCAGACAAUGAGAGCAAGAAGAGCCGCUCUGACGACGAGUCUCAGGCCGGAUCUCCAGCCGCCGCUUCAGAUCGAGGCUCUGAGAACGAAGGCUCUCCGCAGAGGUCCGAUAACGACUCGGAGCCGGAGGGGUCCAACAACGAAGCCUCCAACAGAGGAUCUGAUGAUGACAGUGACUGAGUUUGACCAGGAAAAAGAAAAGCCUUUGUUCUUGUAAUGUUCAAAUCAUAGUACCUAGUUAUGUGUCUUCCUGGAUAAUGUUUCUCUUAUUUUACACAACUUUUUAUUUUCAGUUCAGUCUUCAGGAAGAAAUGCUUUUUGUUGAGCGUUACAGCAUAUACUCUGCUCUGUAGUCUAAAGGGACAAUCACAAGCUGUGAUUCGGAGUUGAUGUACAAUAUGAAAUACCUUGGAAUAAAAAGUAUUUUGAAAAUGUUUCUAGUUUGUACUGAAUCCUGGUUAAUGAGGUUUCAUUUUGGUGAGCUGUGAGAGUUGUAGCCUCGGUUUUCUGUUCUUGGCCAUGCAUUUCUCCUUAAUAGGUGAAGACCCCGUUAAACACACACUGCUCAAAAAGUUAAGGAUCUAUGAUGAAAGUUCAAAAUAUGUUGUGAUUUAAAAUAUUAAUAAUCCGCAGCCAAAAGUCUUUAAUGUCGCUUGCUGAAUAAAGAAACAAUGUCUGAAAUAUUUUUAAACUGUACUGUAGAUGCAACUUCAUCUGCAAAUUUGACACCUUUAUUUUUUUCAUUCUUUAUUAGAAAAUGUUUCCAACAUGGCAUCAGUAAUACAAUAACAGCCUACCUAUGGAAAGCAUUUCACAAUAUGAAUGAGAUACAGAAGAACUGCAGAAAAACAAGAUCGGUGUGAACCACUUAAAAAAUUCAAUUACAAAGCAUCAUUUAUGGGGCAUCUCAUAUACCAUUACAGUAUAUCCUCUUAGAAUUCAUUUCUGAUUAAGGGUUUUAAGCAUCGUUUUCUUCAUUCCUGAAUAGUAAGACAUUUCCAAUAAAAAAAAGACAAUGAUUCAACCAAUUCAACUAAAAAAGAAGAGCUCAGGCCCUGAGCAAAAGAAAAAAGAAACUGAACACUGAAGUGUAGCCGUUAGUGUUAUCAGCUAGAAUUGAAAAACCUCUCCAUAAACUCCCAAUCCAGACAAAAAAAAAAACAAAAACAAAUCCAGCAUUGUUUAUUUGUGCAUCAUGGUUUCAUUUUGAACUGGAGGAGGGCCUUCAGUAAACAAGUCUGAUGACAAAUGUUCUUUGUUCCACAGACACAUGCCCAAUCACACAUGAAAUAAGGCCAAAUAAAUGCUGGUGUGUAACUUUAUUGAAAGCAACAGUGGUACACCGAACAUUCAGAGCUCUUACACCAUACAGUAACACUUAUUUGUUGUCCUACCUAAUGAUAAAGCUUUGAUUUCCCCCUCAUGAUUAAAUAAAUACAUAUAAUACCCAUCAUGGGACAACACUGUAAGGUUGUAAAACAGUGAUUUGUAUAUUGAACAUCCAUACCAAAUUUCUCAUCUGGUUUCAUCUUUAUUUGACCAAUUAAAAUGCAUUAAAAAAGUAGACACUUCUGUUUGGAUCAGAUUGAUGCAUCUAAACAGACUGUGUUUGGUAAUCCCUGAACAUGCCGUAAAGAAAAAAACGAUUCAAGUAUCAGCUUGACAAGUAGAGGAGGGGCUGGGAAAAGAACAAGAAAACAAAA